AUGUCUUCUGGCUGCGUGUGCAUUGCAUCAGCCCAGCCCUGCGUGGCCAUCAUAGAGGUCAGCAGGCUGCUGGCGGAGACACCACCUGAAUUGAGGCCCGGCGCAGAUCCCCGCCACACUACUCCGCCACCUGAUGACGCGGCCAUCUCUCGCCUCCAGAGUCUCUCUGAAGAUGAAAUAGGGGGGGAGGCUGAUAGAGGUGGCCAAGGAGAGGGUGGCAGAAGAGCUGCCUGGCAAGGAAGCUCAGCAGAGCACACCUGUAUACCUGGGUGCCCUACUGGAUGCCGGGGAGGGUACCACGGUGACUUUGGUGGUGGGGGAGACACGGCAGAGUCUGGCAGCGGCCUCGUCGACAUAACAGAGGUGAACAGGCCGGUGCUGAAGGAGCUGCCGACAUUCAUGUACACCCUUCGUGCCCUGCAGCUGGUGAGCCUGGCCCCGCAGUUACUAGUCACUGCUGACAAAUACGGUGUGGCGAGCCUGAAGGCCCAGUGUGAGCAGCAGCUGGUCACUGUACUGACAGUGGAAAAUGCAGCGGCCACAGCUGUUCUUGUGGUGCAACACUGGUGCCCCGGCCUUAGGCAGACCGCCGUCUCCUCCGUAAAGGGCCACAUGUACCAAGUGAUGUCUUCUGGCCGUGUGUGCAUUGCAUCAGCCCAGCCCUGCGUGGCCAUCAUAGAGGUCAGCAGGCUGCUGGCGGAGACACCACCUGAAUUCAGGCCCGGCGCAGCUCCCCGCCACACUACUCCGCCACACUACUCCGCCACCUGA